CAUCUCGGAGGAGUAUAAGUACUGGCAGGACGUCAAGCUAUCUUUCCUCCCAGCAACCCACAACCAACUUUACUAUUCAUCAACGCUUUAUUAACUCAAUCAACUACUCUCAUCACAAUUAUGUCUUCCCAAGAGCCCAGCAAAGUAUCCGGUCAAUUCCACUCUGUUAAGGGUACCGCCGUCGAGACAAUCGGCGACGUGACCGGUAUGCAAUCUUGGACGCAGUCGGGUAAAGAAGAACACGCCAAGGGGGAGGGCGAGUACAACGCCGCCCAAGCCAAGGGAUACGUGGAGGGUGUCUCUGACAGGGCUGCCGGCUACAAGGAUUCAGUCGUUGGCGCUGUGACUGGCGACAAAGCUCAGCAGACAACUGGGAACGUCAAGAACGAGAAGGGCCAGACACAGCAAGAGAUCAACAAACCCACAUGAGUCCUAAGCCUGUCUCCUUAGAUAUUGCCCUUCCUCAUC